CGACGUCGCAGCGCAGUCCCGCACCGGAGCUCCGUCUCCGUCCGGCGCCGCGCCGGAGCUGGUCUCGCGCGCUCGACGUCGAAGGUGAGCCGCACCCCGCCGGCCGUCCGCGACCGCUCCAGUACCAGAGGAGGUGGGGCCUCCAGGAGCAGAGGAAGCCGACAUUCCCCUCCCACGCCGGAGCUCCGUCCCCGUCCCGCGCCGGAGCUGUGCUCGCGCGCUCGACGUCGACGGUGAGCCUGCACCCGCUCCGGCCGCCCGCGACCGCUGCAGGAUAGAAGAGGCGGGGCCUUCGACGCAGGGCCUCCACGACGUGAUCCGGGCAUCGUGCUGGACAUCGGCUGCGUGCAGACGUACGUAGCCAACACUGCAGCACUCGUGCAGAAGCACCUACGGCUCCAGGGAGCACCGCCGCUCGCCACAUGCCCUGCUGGUUCCUUGGAAGGUACGAUAAGAGGAGAUGGACCUCGAUCUCAACUUGCCUCCACAAGUGGUGAUGUAUUUGGACCUUAACUUUAGUCCGCAUGAGGAAGAGGAAGAAGAUGUAGAAAUGCCUAAAGCCGAAGAUGUGGAAAUGCCUGAAGCUGAAGAUGUACAAAUACUCGAAGCCGAAGAUGUGGAAAUGCCUGAAGCUGAAGAUGUAGAAAUGCCUGAAGCCGAAGAUGUAGAAAUGCCUGAAGCCGAAGAUGUAGAAAUACCUGCUGCACAUGCACAACGUAGAGAGCUACCUGAUAGUCACAGAUUCGCAGCAUACAUCGCAUUGAAAGCUCUUGGCAAUGACAGGCAAAUUGCGAAGUCAGAUAAAGAACUUGUAGCUACUCUUCUAAAAACAAGUCUAAGCACAAUUGAAAGAAUUUGGAGAAAGGGGAGAGAACAAGAGAUAAAGCAGCUAGAGGUUGAUGUCUCAAAUCAAAAGAAGGGGCAUUGUGGACGAAAGAGAGCAGAUCUUGGUUUGUCAAGGAUGCCUUCCAUUCCUCUAAACAAAAGGUCUACACUAAGGGCACUUGCAAGGGAAUUGGGUGUCGCCUAUGCCACCUUGCAGAGAAGGUUUCAAUGGGGUAAAAUAAGACGGCAUACAAGUACCCUCAAGCCAGCUUUGAAACCAGAAAACAAGAUUGCUAGGCUCAAAUUUUGCACUUCAAUGAUUGAUCAAACAACAAUAGCCGAGGCAGAACCAUCUUUCCUUAGUAUGGAGAACAUAGUUCAUAUAGACGAAAAAUGGUUCUACAUGACAAAGAGGAGCAGAAAAUACUAUCUACUGCCGGAAGAACAAGACCCUGUGCGAACUAUUCACAACAAGAACAGUAUAGGAAAGGUUAUGUUCUUGACCGCAGUGGCCAAACCCCGGUACAAUGAGCAAAAAAAGUCAUGUUUGAUGGAAAAAUCGGAAUCUGGGCAUUUGUUGAAGAAACCGCAGCCAAGAACAACUCCAAAAAUAGGUUGAAAGGAACGAUGGAACUAAAGACCAUCAUAGUUACUAGAAACGUAAUGAGGGAAUUCCUUUGUGAAAAGGUAAUUCCAGCAAUUGCAUAUCUAUGGCCUGAUAAUGAUGGAACCAUCUUUAUACAGCAAGACAAUGCACGAACGCACGUUCUUCCAAAUGAUCCAGUUUUCCUAGCUGCUGUCAAAGAAUCUGGACGGGACAUUAAGUUGCUGCAGAAGCCUCCAAACUCACCUGACUUGAAUGCCCUGGAUCUUGGCUUUUUCAGCUCCAUACAAUCCCUGACAGUUCAGUAUGCACCUACCACACUAAAGGAACUAAUUGAGUCGGUUGAACAAGCCUUUGAUGGUUAUGAUGUGGACACACUAGUUAGAGUGUUCAUAACCCUUCAGACUGUCAUGAUCGAGGUGAUGAGAGUUGAAGGAGAUAACACAUACGAUAUAAAACAUAUGGGAAAAGUGAAGCUACAAAGAGAGGGAAAUCUACCAAUGAUUCUAGCAUUUGAUGGUACAUACUAUCAGAAAAGCUUGGAGAUUAUAGCAAAUCAUGAGGCGGCAUUGGAUUCAUUGAACAAGCAAGAGGAAGAACAGAAAAAGGAUAACAAGAUAAAGGAGUGCAAUAUAAAGAGAAAAGCACGCCGGACAGGCCCUCGGGUCAUUGUGGAUACUGAGACAAUAAUUCCAGGAAGUUUGUAUGCGACAUGGUUGGACGACCCAUCAGACCUCGUAUCUAAAAGACGUCGAAUCAGCAGUUUAAGUCAAGAGAUUGUUGUGAAACUACCAUCCCACCAUAAGAUACACGAGUGGAGUCAGCCUAUGUAACUGCCUCCUAUGUGUUGUAAUUAUGUCCUAUGUGUUGUAUAUGACAUUAAGCAAUUGUAUAAUUGUGGUCUGAAUUGGUGUCCAUUAAUGUUCAUUAUAUUCUGUACAAAGAAAGCAACAAGUAAUCACAAGGUGUAUCAAUCUUAUUA